AUGGAUAACGAAACUUCCGGUUUUUUAGUCGUUGAUUGGUUGGUUCGUAUUAAACGAGAACCUGGGCCCGGGGAAAGAAUGCGGCUAUCGGUCGUAUUCAAAUUACUUCUAGUCUUUCUUUUUUUGGCCUUUGCUGCUGCAAGAAAUAUUGAUUCGAAAAUAACAACCAAAUAUGUAGCCAAAGACAAUAAAAAAACUACAGCCGUCCUUCGGCAAGGGCCACCCAAUAGAUAUUGCGCAUGCACAAAUAAAAUGUGUAAUUGCUGCAGAGAUUUUUCAUUGCCGGUCGUACCUGUUAAAGGACCAGGAUGUGCUUCGAUCAUGUACGCUCAAAAAGACACGAUGUUGGUAACGCUGUCGUUCGGAGACAGAGUCCUUACCAAUACGACGAUAAGUGGAAAAGCUCCUAAACCUAUUUGUAUGUCUUUACCCGGAGGUAUAUCACAAUUUUGCGGACGAGUUUAUGGUGUGUCUAGAACGGGAGAAGACUUUAAAGCUUGUUUAGGACUUGAAUUGAGAGCGCUUGAUGAUAUCGAGGCUGCGUUAAGAGUGUCAUGCUUUAAAUUUGGACCGAAAGGAGUUAACUUGGAGUCGGCGCCUCCGAUUCCUGCUGAAACUGACAAAAAAGAUCCCGACGAUGACGAUGAUGACGAUGAUGAUUACGAUGAUGACGACGAUGAUGAUGAUGACUUAAUCAGCUUUGACGACGAUGACGAUGACGAUGAUGACGAUGAUGAUGACGGUGCUUCAAAAGAAGAAAAUGAAGUGGAUUCAGAUUCAGGGGAUUACUCUGGUUUUAGCGUUUUGGGAGAAGAUUUACUAGGUUCGUUUUUCGGCGACGGAAGUAGUAGCAGCAGCAGUAAUAAAGUCAAGAGGAAAAAAAUAAAAAAUAAUCAACAGCAACCAGUUCUAGUUAAAACUUCGACUACGACAAGAGCACCCGUUUUACCAGUGAGAAGAAGACCAAUCACGGCAACGCAAAAGCCUUUGAUAAAAGUUACAAAAGCGCCGACGAAAGUAAAAAUUGGAAAUUCUCAAAAUUCAGUAUCAGCAAGUCCGUCUCAAACUAUAACUAAAAUCACUUCGUCAACCGGAAAUAAAAAUAAAAUUGUUUUAGUAAGGAAACCAGUAAAUACAGUUCAACGUCCAUCAACGGUCGCAACAACUUCCACCAUGAUUCCAAAAAUUACAAAUAUUGUAACAAGUACUACUACCACUACAACUAUGGCGACUCCUCCCGAGACUACUUCAAUGCCUUCUUCAGUCUCUCACUCAUCCGUGUCCAUCAUCACUAAGGAAACAUUCGAAAAAAAUCAAGAAAAAACGACAACUGAAAAAUUAAUGAAACCGUCGAUGAUGACGACAGAGCCACCCGUAACUUUCACGUUGCCCCCCGAAAAAAACACAAUAAAAAAUUACAUCAAGAUACCUCAAACAGAUUUGACGAAAAUCGAAGCUGUUGCUGCAAUUGCACAACAAAGCGUCACAUCUGGUUUGAUUUCUUCUAGUUCUUUAGCUAUGGACAACUUAAAGGAUUCUUCCGAAGAAAUGGUAACUCAACAGUAUGAAAAAGUCACACCGCAAACUUCAAAUCACAAACUAUCAAGUAAUGCCGAACAAAUGAAUUUUGUCAAAGUGGUUCCGACUUCAUUUGUCACAUCUUAUCCAAAAGAUGUAACUAAAAUUAAAAAUAAUUUACCACAAAAUGUUAUGGUCAGCGAGCAAACAUCCGACAUGGUCACGCAAGCAAUCAACAAUCAAAAUAAAGUUGUAUUUUUUGCUCAACCCGAUACGAAAGUAACAGAUACGAACGACAAAGAAACCACCAACGAUAAAAAUGACGAUGAAAAUAAUGAUAAAGUAAACUUCGAUAAUGAUGAUGACGUAAAUGAAAAUUCAAGUACUCAAGAAAUGGUUUCCACGACAAUGAAAAACAAACAUAAAAAUAAAGUCGGAUCUAAUAAAGUAAAAAAACAACCACCCAAAAAACAAGAAGAAGAUGAAGAAGAUGAUGACGAAGAUGAUGACUACUUAACCGGAAUAUUAGGGAGUGAUAAAGAUGAAAACGAAUCAGGUGAGGAUGCGGAUGAUAGCGGAGAAGAAAAUAAUAAUAAUAAUAAAUUAGUUAACACUUCGUUAAAUAAUAAAAAAACUUCAAAUAAACACAAUGAGAAACCGGAUUCCGAUGAAGAAGAUGAUGACAAAGACGAAGAAAGUAACGAACAAGGAGAAGACGAAGAAAGCGAUAAUGAAAAUGAAAGUGAUGAAGAUGAGGAGGACGACGACGAUGAUGAAGUUGCACAAAUUUUAGGCGAAGCUCCCGUAAAAAAGAAAAAUAAAAAACCUGGCGUCGUGAAAACAAAAAAGCCAACCGCAACAGAAGCGAAUAAACAAAAUGCAAAUAAGGAAGACGAAGAUGAAGAUGAAGAUGACGACGAUGACGACGACGAUGACGAUGAUGAUGAUGAUGAUGAUGAUGAUGAUAGCGACACUGAUGAAAGUAUUUUAAACAUUUUAGGCUCGGAAGAUAGCGACGACGAAAAAGAAAAUAAUAAAAAUAAAAAGAAAAAUAAACAUCCCUCUAACAAUGUGAAAGUAACACAAACUACCCUAAUUAAAAAACCCGUCACCGAAAGAAUCACGCUAAACACUGAAUCACCAAAACCGGAAACUCAGAGUUACGUCACAAGAAAGCCGGUAACUCCUACAUUACCACAAACAACAAUUUCCAAAAAACCAAUUACUCAAUCGGUCGCACAAACAAUUUUAACAAGAUUUCCAACGACUCCAGUAGUCACACAAAAUUCUAUCGAAACCGGAACUCAAAUGUUGAAAAUUAAAAAUCCGACAACGGAAGACAAAGUGCAAACGAUAAUAAUGAAAGUACCAAACACUCUUCAGGUGACUCAAAGCAUGGUAUAUAAAAAACCAACCCUCCAAACGACGGAAGAAGUAUUUACACCAACUGAUUUCAAAGAAGAUUCUUCCACGACUAUGGUAAACGAUGAAAAAAUAACAUCGGAGGAGGUUAACACGGAAAAAGUUUUUCUUUAUCAACCGGAAAACACAUUUACAUUUAAAACUCCUUUGGAAAAACCUACGCACAACAGAAUAACCGUUUAUCAGGUACCGACGGAACAAAAAUACAUAAUAUACAACGAACCCGACGAAGAAUUUGUCGUUAACGAUGCAACAAUACCCUACAAUCAAAUAACAAAAACUCAAAUCCAAGAGGAAAAUCCGAACAAACAAACAAGCGAAGAACAAUCGAACGAUGCCGAAGACGAGGAUACCAGCAGCGAAGAAGAAUCUGAUGAAAAAAAUGUUAAACACACCCUUAUAGCAUCCCUAAGCGAUAAAUACGAAGAAGGUGAAGAUUUGGGUGAAGAUCAAGAUGAUUUAGAUAUUGAAGAUUCCGAAGAUGAAGAAAAUGAUUUCAACGGUCGUAAAAUUAAAGGAAAGAAAAAUUUUAAAUCGCCACCACCAUCACCAUCGCCAUCGCCAUCGCCAUCGCCACCACCAUCCUUACUACGUCUGUCUUCGUCGUCUUCGGGGGGGAAGAAGAAACCAAUAAAAACCCUAAACACUCCAAAAUUAUUAAAAUUAAGUGAAUAUCUCAUACAACCUAAAAAAUACAUAAAACCUCCAGAUAAUGAUGAUAAACUCAUAAGUACGCGACAGGAACUAAGGGAAUCGCAUAAUAAAAAAUUAGAAAUAUUUAAGGGAAAUAAUGUAACACAACUUCGCGAAGUUAAAAUGCCCUGUCAGUGUUUGGAGGGUGAGUGCGGGUGUUGUACAGGAAUAAUAAUGCAAAAUUUUAACAUAAACAUACGACAGCAUCUCUGUAUAAACAUGACGUACGAACCUGAAGAUCUUGCAAUUGGUGUCAAAAUGUCUUUCAACGAUAUCGUUUUAUUAAGCAACAGAGUUUCAGGAAAAAAUCCACCGCCUUUGUGUUUGACCGUUCCAAGAUUUACAAACAUAAAAUUUUGCGUUAAAUUUACAAACGUUUACAUAAUAAAUAGAAACAUUCAUGCGUGUGCAACGUUGGAAACGGAAUGGAACAAGAGAACUGUUUUCUCAUUUAAUUUAGAUUGUUUAAGACUCGGUUUGAACGGUGUUGCUUUGGUUUCCGCUGAAGAUGGCGGAGGAUUACCGCAUCCAAUUGAUCAAGAAGUUGACAAUAUUGAAGAUUACGAUGAGCUAAUUGAAAAUCAAACGAAUAAACCAAAUAAAAACAAGACGAGUAUUUUAAUAGCGACGGUUUCUUCAACUUUAGAAGAAAAAAAAAGAAAAUUUUCAAUACAACCGGAAUGGAAAAUAUAUUAUAAUGUAAAUACGAAUAAAACAAUCGACGCCAUUGAUAGUAAUAGUUCGAAAGUAGAAAAUCUUAAAUUGUUAAAAAGAUUAUUAAGAAUCGGAUUUGGUCCGACACCAUGUUCUUGUCAAGAUUUAAAAUGUUCAUGUUGUGCUGGUGUUAAUGUUUCCUUCGUCGGUUUCAAACGAGAAUUUUGUUUGAAUAUGGCUUACGAGGCAAAAGAAUUAUCACUCGGUGUCGAAUUGAAAAUGAAUAACAAUUCGCUAUUCAGUCAUAAAAUUUCUGGAAAAAAUCCACCCCCUGCAUGUGUUCCAGCACCCCUACCACUUCCAUUUUCUGCACUUGUUAACCUAUGCGUGAAAUUUUACAACAUUCAAACUUCCGGUUACAAUUUAUUCAUGUGCGUUGAUUUUGAAACCCGUAUCAUAUCCGCACCUGUAUUAGUUUUACAUUUCGAUUGUUUUAAAAUGGGAGCCGAUGGAAUUCAACAUUUCAAACCUGAGGAUGCUGCUACGAUAAUGGAAAUCGAAGAUGUCGAUUGUGAAUCCUCAUCAUCGUCCGCGGAAAUGGAAACCUACGAUGAAGUUUUCGAAGAUGAUAAAAAAAAUAAAACUCAACAAGUAGGUACACAUAAAGCUACGGAUAAGGAAUAA